UUCUAGUUAGUAUGUUCUUAGAGACAAAUCUAGGAUAUGAUUUCGUAGAGUUAGCACUUCUUGUAGAUAUUGUUCAAUCCAACAUCAUCAAGAAAGCGUGUGAUAGGUUUGUUGAAGUUUUCAUUACCUCCAAACUAAGUAUAUUCUUUUUUACGUAUUUUGCAUUUUUCGUUAACAUAAACAUGCGCUACUUGCAUGUAUUCUGUUCCCCUAAUGUGCUACUAGCACAUCUUUAACAAUAUGUACUUUAGCAUGUCAUCUUUCAUAUAUAUAUUUCACGUUAGGUUUUACAUGAUCCACAAACCUGCCAAGCCUUGACGGAUUUCACCUGCUAAGUUUUGCAAGAAUGUGCAUUGCCAGUUACCACACUUGAGAAAAUUACACACUGGAAGGCCUUUUCACCAAAUACUGAAACGUUGUACAUUGUUAGUAUGUGGCAUCUCUGGAAAUACUUUUACACAUUCUUUUUAUGUGGAGGGUCUCUAAAUCCCUACAUAACAUCGAACGGUAGCUUGUGAAGUUGGAUGUGAGUGCAGUGCUGCUACUGGCCAAAAACUUUGGUAAAGAACUCAUGGAGCUUAGUGAAGUCUCAGUGUUCAGAGGACAUCAUUUGUGAAUGGUGCAGUGGGUUUAUAAACAACUGCACAAAAAUGCAGCACGGUGUUAUCAAGAUCCUGCCAGCAUUGAGACUUGAUUAAAUCUGGAUGGCCUACAGCUAGCCAGGCAUCUGGAAUUGAAGCUGGUGCACGUCAUUUUGAAAUAACUGCUUGAAAUUUGUGCAAAUCUGGGUGCAAUGCUGCAGCAUGAUAUGAACAGAUCCACAAUAUAUUUAUAUCUAGCACCAGUGCUGAGGCUUGUGAGCUGAGCUGAUAUCUUCAAACUUCAAAGGUUUAUGAUGCAAUCAGUGCUUCUGAGUUUCAACUUCCAAUCUAAGAUUAUCCAGACAUACCUUUUUUAGUGGCAGCCGACAUAUUAUCAUCUGAUCAUCAAAUGAAAUGGUCAGUGGCCUCGUGACCAUCAAACCUACCACAUGAAACACUGGCUUCAAUUUCAAGCGAGUUCAAAGUCAAUGCAAAGUUGGAAUUCGCGCCCAUGGCCAAAGUAAAAGGACUCUUUUCUAAUCCAGUUAGGUUUGGCCUGAUUGCCCAUUAACCAUCUGAUCUCCUCCCUUGAUAGAUGUGAAGUCAAUGUCUCUCCUUACAGUUUGUUAGUGAUGCAGUACAGGUGCCCCCCCACCCCCAGUCCCCAACUGGGCAAUUUGCCCAUGUUACCAGUUUACUUUUCCAGCCGAAAAAAUUGCCCCGAAUCUUCUGUAUGUUUAAUUUGGAAAUAGCCUUACCACUGGUCUGAAUUUAGACUUCAUCAGACUAUAGAACAUGCAGCCAUAUCUCCAAUAAAAUUUUCAUAAGAAAAGGGAGAGAUUCCUCCGUACACGUAGCAUUUGCCUGCAUGAGUAAGCGCCUAUAUAUGUCCACCCCAGUUUCCUCCUACCAUCCUGUGUGCACUCGCACUGCAGCAAGUUGAGAGUUGAGAGCCAGCAACUGCAAGCCUAGAGGUGCUCGUCUAGAGCUGCAAAAGGAUAUACUAUACAAUGGAGUCCCUAGGCUUGCUGGCUCUCGCCGUCGCUGCCGUGCUCAAGCUCGCCGCCGCUGACUCCGGCUGGAACGACGGCCGCGCCACGUUCUACGGCGGCAACGAUGCCUCCGGCGCCAUGGGAGGAGCGUGCGGCUACGGUAACUUGUACAGCGCGGGGUACGGGACGAACACGGCGGCGCUGAGCACCGCGCUAUUCAACAACGGCCGGAGCUGCGGCGCGUGCUUCGAGAUCCGGUGCUCCGGCAGCCGUAGCUGCCUGUCUGGCUCCGCCAUGGUGACGGCCACCAACUUCUGCCCUCCCAACUACGCGCUCCCCAACAACGACGGCGGGUGGUGCAACCCGCCGCAGCCGCACUUCGACCUCGCCGAGCCGGUGUUCGCCAGGAUCGCCCAGGCCAGCGCCGGCGUCGUGCCCGUGCAGUACAGGAGGGUGACAUGCGCCAAGCAGGGCGGCAUCCGGUUCACCAUCUCCGGCCACUCCUACUUCGUCCUGGUGCUGAUCACGAACGUCGGCGGCGCCGGCGACGUGACGGCGGUGUCGGUGAAGGGGUCGCAGACCGGGUGGCAGUCCAUGAGCCACAACUGGGGCGCCAACUGGCAGAGCAACGCCCUGCUCGACCGCCAGGCGCUGUCGUUCCAGGUCACCGCCAGCGACGGCCGCAGCGUCACGUCCGCCAACGCUGCGCCCAGCGGCUGGAGCUACGGCCAGACCUUCUCCGGCAACCAGUUCUAGCCGGCCGCCGGCCGCCAUUAGUAGCGCGGGUGCGUCGCCGGAGGAGGGCUCUUUUUUGAAGCAGCUCCCUCGAGAGCGGCAAGGUCUCUGCUGCAGUGCUGCCUGCGGGUCGCGGUGGUUACGGAUUUAUGACUUUACGUCUUCCCGACUCGCAAGGCGUAUGCGCCUUCGCCAGCCGCCGAAGAUGGGGCUCGGGGCGUUUCUAAUCUGCAGCAGGCGUAUGCUUUGCGGGGACGCUUUAAUUAGUCAUCAGGGGUUUUGAGCUCUGAGGAAAAAUAAUUAAUGGCCGGUGGCUGUGGUGAUGAGCAGAAAUUAAGCGGGCUAGCUCGUCACCCGCGCCGUGUACCGCGUGACUGCAUCUCUGCUUGCUUGAAUUAAUGGAUCGCCCUUGAGGGUUUUAGAUGGGCA